AUGAAAGUAAGAAAAACAACGAUGAAAUUGUUUUAUUUUUGUUUAUUGAGUUUAUGCGGUUUUGCGGAGAGUUCUAGAAUUCUUUUGGUAUUUUCUUCUUUCUCUCCCAGCCAUUUUAUCUUGGGAAACGCCUUGGGCAGAGGACUGGCGAACGGUGGGCAUCAAGUGACUGUAGUCAGUCCUUUCGAAGACAAAAAUCCGCCCAAAAAUUACAGAAAUGUCGUUCUUACUGGUUUUACAGAUAAACAAAAAGGCAAUCAUCCAAAAUUCUUCGACAUGGAAAACAUGCACCCCUGGUUAGGCCUGUUCGUAUUAAACUCCAUGGGAAAAACGCUAGCGGAAGAAACGCUGAAGCACCCGACCUUUCGAGCCCUUUUGAACGAACAAUUCGACCUGAUCGUCCUGGACCAGUUCAGAAGCGACGCCUUGAGGGCCCUGAGUUGCCACUUCGACGCGCCCCUCAUCAUGUUCAGCACCAUCGGGGCGAAUUCUUGGGUUAACGUGGACGUGGCGAACCCGUCGCCCCCUUCGUACGUCCCUGCCGUGUUCCUCGGCUAUUCCAGCAAGAUGGACCUCUGGCAAAGGACGUUUAAUUUUUUGACUUACAAUUUCGCCGAAAUCAACGAUCACUUUCUCUACAGGCCGGUUCAAAGGGAGCUCAUCAAGACUUAUUUGCCUAAAUGCGGCGAUUUCGAUCUGCAUAAUGUCUCUUUAUAUUUUUUGAACUCCCACGAAAGCUACUCGGAGGCUAUUCCUUUGGUGCCCAAUACUAUUAACGUUGGGGGGUACCACAUUCAACCGCCUAAAAACCUAACUGGUGAUCUGAAAGCCUUUUUGGAUAGCGCUAAAGAUGGGGUGGUUUACUUCAGCUUGGGUUCCAACAUAAAACCGUCGGAAAUGAAGCCUGAGAUAAGAGAAGCUGUGGUCAAAUCGUUGGGGAAAUUGAAGCAGAAGGUCCUGUGGAAAUACGACGGGGACGAGCUGCCCGGCAAACCUGAUAAUGUUAAAUUGGGUAAAUGGUUGCCGCAAACGGAUAUUUUGGCUCAUCCGAACAUAAAGGUUUUCAUAACACAUGGAGGAUUGCUGAGUUCCCUAGAAACGAUCUACCACGGGGUGCCCAUAUUGGCCAUACCGGUUUUCGGCGAUCAAAAAUUAAAUGCAGCUAGAGCCGAAAAGCUGGGAUACGGAUUGAAAUUAUCCUAUUCCGAAAUAACAGAAAGCUCUCUAAGUGAAGCGUUGGACAAGCUUUUGUACGACCCGAAGUAUAGAGAUAACGCGAAGAUGAGGUCGAAACUUUCCCAUGAUCGUCCAAUGAAACCCAUGGAUCUGAUUUUAUAUUGGACUGACUAUGUGGUAAGGCACAAGGGAGCAGAUCACUUGAUGGUUGCAGGAGUUAAUCUACCGUGGUACCAAUAUUUAAUACUGGACGUUGUGCUUCUCUUAAUUGUAUUAACCCUUGUUCCUUUGAUCGUAUUGUAUCUGGUUUGUAGAAGACUUUGUUGUUCGAGAACCUCGAGCAAAAAGAAAAAAGAAUAA